GGAAACAGGGAGUGGUGAUGAAUAUCAGACCUGAGUAGGGGACAGAGCAAGUCAGAGACAGGCUGCAGCAUUUCUGCUCUCUGAGCCCUACAAAGCCCAGAAGGCCUGGGAGCAGGAAGCAGGGCUGACUGGAGCAUCCAACCCUGAGGAUCAGACAGCAGCAGAUUGGAAGACAGAGUGAGAGACCUGGAACUUCCCUUCUGCUGAAAUCAGACAGGGCACAGGGCGCAGGUGAGAGCAAGGAGUGACAGUGGAUUGCCCCCUUCAGGAGCUAAAAUCUCUGGGCUGUUUCCAUCCCACUUGGUUCCCCCCACUGCCCCGAUGAUCCUGUCUCUGUGCCUUUUGCUUCCUGUAAUGAAUCCAAGCAGCCAGAAUAUCUGCUCAGCUCCCGGUAAGUCCGUCUGUCACCCUUCUAUCUAUUUUUUCCAAAGGGGUUUGUACUAAUAGAAAAGGUUACCAGUUGCAGAAGAUGAUGAUUAUUAUUACUACUACUACUGUGGCCCCUGAAGAGCUGACAAUCUCAGAUCUGACAUUAUCCUCCUGAUGCCCAGCCGUGCUGAAAUAAGAUCCUGCUCCAGACACAUUGUGCAUACCCUGCAGCCCUUGUGUAGGCAGAAAUAAUGUACACUGCAAUUAGACGCCUGUGGCUGGCCUAUCACAUGUAAACUGCCAUAUAGCCCAAGCCCUGGAAGCCCGAGUCAGCUGGCACAGCCCAGCAGCCACUUUUUAACUGCAGUGUAGAGAUAAGACAGAUCCUGAGCAGUUGCAAGCUGAUUCCAUGGCAAUCGAUUUCCUUUAGUAAAAUGCUCCUGGGCUGCCCCCAAAUGGGCAUCACCAAUGACCCCAGUGACAGUUCUCACCCAUUGGCCUUCCCAGGUGUUGUCCUUGCCCCCAUCCUCUACCUGAGCCAGAGGUCUGCUCAACAGGGGGACUCUGUGCAGCUCCAGUGCUCUGUGGUCUCCCAGGCCCCAGCCACCCGCAUCGUCUACUGUAAGGACGGGGAGGAGGUUUUCUCCCAGGCAGGGUUGAAGGAGAAGGUCACCUACAGCUAUGACCACACAGUGUCCAUGGGCAGCUCUGGGAAUUACUCCUGCGGGUACGAGAUCAAGGAGAGCUACAAGCAAGUGAAAAGAUCCCAGCUCAGCCCUGCCAAGCACCUCAGUGUUACUGUGCUGAGUCCCAGAAGCCAGGAGAUAUGCUCAGAUCCAGGUCAGUCUGCCUGUGUGUGCUCAGACACACUCACUCCUCUAUCUAUCAUGCCAGAGAGGUUUGUACUAGUAGAAAAGGCUUCCAGCUACAGAAGUAUUAUUAGUAUUAUUACCAUGCCCCCAGGAUGCCCCUCUCAGGGAUCAGGGUCCAGUCGUGCCAGGUUCUGCACCCCCCUAUGUGAAGCUCUGGACCUUGCCCACGAAGAGCUGACAGUCUCAGAUCUGACAUUAUCCCCCCAGUACCCAGCUGUGCUGAAAUACGAGCUUGCUCCAGAGACACUGCACACACCCCGCGGCUCCUGAGCAGGCAGAGUAUGUCCACACUGCAGUUAGAUGCCAGCGGCUGGCCUGUGACGUGUAAACAGCCCUGGAGCCUGAGCCCUACAAGCCUGACUCAGCUGGCCUGAGCCACAGAGAGUUUUUAACUACAGCAUAGACAUACCCUUAGCAACUGCUUCCAUGACAUCCAACUUCCUUUGGCAAACUGCCUCCUGGGAUCCCCAUGAAACAAGGGCCACGGAAGGCCCCAUUGACCUCUUGACCCAUUCCACUUCCCAGGUGCUCUCCCUGACCCCAUCCUCUAUCUGAGCCAGACGUCCGCCCAACAGGGAGACUCUGUGCUGCUCCAGUGCUCUGUGGUCUCCCAGGCCCCAGCCACCCGUGUUGUCUACUGUAAGGACGGGGAGGAGGUUUUCUUCCAGGCAGGGUUGAAGAAGAAGGUCAUCUACAGCUAUGACCACACAGUGUCC